AUGGAUGGCGAUCAUGAUGAAGACGAGCCACCUGUGCUGGUUGAUGCGGUUGUAGAGCAACAAACCUCUGCUGAGCCCGAACAAAGAUCCAAAGUACCCAUCACAAUCAUCACGGGCUAUCUGGGUGCCGGUAAGACUACUCUGCUCAACCACAUACUCACAGCAGAACAUGGCAAGAAGAUAGCUGUACUCUUGAACGAGUUCGGCAAUACAGCAGACAUAGAAAAGUCCAUCUCAGUGAGUCAAGACGAGAAGCAGACUGAGGAGUGGAUUCCUCUCGCCAACGGGUGUCUAUGCUGCAGCAUCAAGGAUUCGGGCGUAGCAGCCCUGGAGGCGUUGGUUGAGCGGCAGACGGACAAGAAGUUCGACUACAUCUUGCUGGAAACGACUGGCGUAGCGGAUCCUGGCAAUAUUGCGCCUAUGUUUUGGAUGGAUGAAGGCAUUGGCAGCAGCAUAUAUCUGGACGGGAUAGUCACGGUCGUUGAUGCCAAGAACAUCCUGAAGAGUCUGGAUGAGCCAGCCGCGGAAGAGGUGCCUAACGAAGAAGACCAUCCUCAGCAUGCGGGGGCACUCAUGUCGACGGCUCAUCUCCAGAUCUCCCAUGCUGAUAUCAUCCUCUUGAAUAAGACCGACCUUAUUGACGAGCAGACGCUUUCGAUGGUGCAUGAUCGGAUACGCUCUAUCAAUACAUUGGCUAAGCUAGUGCCAACGAAGCAUUCUAUCGUCGAAGAUCUGUCCGGCACAGUGCUGGACCUCGAAGCGUACUCAACCUUUCCGCAUGUGCCAGAUUUCCAGAGCAAGGGACAUUCCCAUCUGGACGCUUCGAUACAGACUGUCACGGUACCGGUACCCGCAUUCGAGGAGCAGAAGCUGCCGAUGUUGGAGAACUGGACCAAGGGCAUUGUGCCUGUCAGUGAUGGGCCUACACGCGUGAUACAAGGCGUUAGAGAGAUCUUCGAGAUCAUAGAAGCGAGGUCGAGUGGCGAGGUCGAGGGCAAGAUUGUGUUUAUUGGUAGACAGCUAGACAAAAUUCCAGGUUUCGACUGA